AUGACGAACGAGGAAGAAAAAGCAAUCAAGACGAGAAAAGCAAUUGAUCUCAAAGAGAAGUCUGAAAUAUCCGAUGCCAGCACCUCGCUAGAAAGGCGCGCAUUACUCAAGUUAGACCUGUUUAUCAUGCCCAUGGUGAUCUCAUGCUUCUUCUUUAGCUAUCUGGAUCGGUCAAAUCUUGGUAACGUGCGAAUCGUAGGUCUUCAAAAAGACCUGCAGAUGAGCGACUACGAUUUCUCCAUGGCCUUGACUGUGACUUUUAUACCCUACAUACUUGUGGAGCUUCCUGCAAUGUUAACGAUGCGCAGAAUUGGUGCUGGAGUUCAAAUUCCUCUGACUGUCAUCCUCUGGGGAUUGGUGACUUUCCUUCAUGGUUUUGUUAAAAGCUAUAGUGGAUUGUUAGUAGCUAGAUUCUUUUUGGGCUUGGUGGAGGGCGGCCUGUAUCCCGGACUUGUGCUCUAUCUAUCGAUGUUUUACACCAAGACCGAGCUACAGCUUCGAAUUGGCUUGUUUUUCAGCACAAUGUGUUUAUCUGGAGUGGCUUCAGGAUUAUUGACCUACGCGAUCGUCAAGCUGGAUGGACGUGGGGGACACACAGGUUGGAGUUGGGUUUUCCAGAUUGAGGGUUUGGUUACGAUAGUUUUUGGUAUUAUUAGCUUCUUUUUAAUGCCAUCAAGUAUCAAGAGAAUGAAACUCUUAACAAACGAAGAAAAAACCAUUCUUAUCGAAAGACUUGAGAGAAACGUGAUGACCAGCCUCGCUUCCUCAGCGAUUUUGGAUGAAAAUCAUCCCGCCAAGUCCACGAGUCAACAGGUCUGGGAAGCUUUUAAAAGCCCACGUGUUGUUAUGUUGAGUAUUGCUCAGUUUGCGUCUGCAAACAACAUCGCCAGUCUGGCUUAUUUUACACCUACAAUUAUCCACUCAUUUGGUUACUCACCAACAGCCACUCAGCUUUAUUCUGUACCACCCUUGAGUUUGGCAUUUGUUACCGUCUUGGGCGUCUCGUAUCUAUCGGAUCGCUUUCAAGCUCGAGGCAUGGCGACUAUAUGUUGUGCGACAGUUUCAGCUGUCGGCUUUGCAGUGUUUUACGCUUCGAGUGAUUAUCGAGUGCGGUAUGGUUCGCUUUUUAUCUGCUCGCCUGGUGCGUAUGCUGUGAUGCCUACCUUAUCAGCUUGGGCGAGCAACAAUAGUGAACCCUACAAGCGCAAAGCGAGCACGAUUGGCCUAGGGUCUAUGUCGGGGGCCAUGGGUUCAUUACUCAGCGCUUGGAUUUUUGUUCUCGGGCGCCCGCCAAGGUAUCAUCUUCUGACGGGAUUGAGCUUAGCAUUCGGAGGAAUUCUCAUUAUCGUUGGUAUCCUCAAUAUGAUUUGGCUGGGCCAUGCUCAAAGGAACAAAUUAUACAAAAGAAACAAGCUGCUUGAGAAGUUUACUAUUCAUAAUUUAGAAGGUUCUGCCACUCAAGUCGAGAGUGGCCAAGAUCAAGAUUUGUUAUCUGCACAAUCUUGGGACCAUUUAGGUGACCAACAUCCAGACUUCAAGUAUACAUAUUGA